CCUGAUUGGUUGACACUCAAGUCAAUCCCUGGAACAGAGAAACAUCCAGCAAAGUCUGUGGUUUAAGGUGCCGUGUGAUGCGUGAGGCCGUUUUUGGCGCGAGAGCGGCUCGCUCAGGCGCACGCUGAUUGGCUGGACGCGCCACUGGACGGAUGCGUGUGCGAGAGGUAGCAAACUCCUGUGUGCAGGGAAAAAGCCGCCGCCGCAUUAUCCAACACGAAUAAGAAAACAUCGAAAAAUAUCUCAGGGAGCUCUGAAUGCUGUAAUCUCUGCACUUUAAGAGGUCACGUCCUCCAAUAUAAUACAGUAGUGGGAACACUUUCCUCCCCAGACCAGGGAGCCUCACAGGUCACAUUUGCUCAUAGGAAAGACAUUCAGAAUCAGCCAUGGGAAAGAAGAACCAGAACCGUGAAGAUGAUGAGGCUGCUUCCUCAGAAGAGGAAGAGUAUGUAGUGGAGAAGGUCUUGGACAGGCGAGUUGUGAAGGGCCGUGUGGAAUAUUUCCUGAAGUGGAAAGGCUUUUCAGAAAAACACAACACAUGGGAACCAGAGAAGAACCUGGACUGUCCAGAGCUUAUCUCAGAGUUCAUGAAGACCUAUAAAAAGGGAAGCAGUGGAAGCACACCCAGCAGCAAGCCCUCCAGCACAGGCUCUUCUUCGGCCCGUCCCAAAGACAGUAGCAGCAGCACCAGCAAGAGGAAAAACUCAGAGGAAGAGAACGGGAGUGGCAGCAAACCCAAAAAGAAAAAGGAGGAUGAGAUCCUUGUAGCAAGAGGGUUUGAGCGAGGCCUGGAGCCUGAGAAGAUUAUUGGAGCAACAGACUCCUGUGGAGACCUUAUGUUCCUUAUGAAGUGGAAAGACUCUGAUGAGGCAGACCUUGUGCUUGCAAAGGAAGCCAAUCACAAGUGCCCACAGAUCGUCAUUGCCUUCUACGAGGAGCGUCUGACCUGGCACGAAGACAGCGACAAGAAGGAAAAGAGUGUCACGCCGGUUUAAAGGGCAGAGGGGGGAGGAAAGACGCUGAGUCCUCCAAACCUUGUGCCCUUUGUCACACUGGUGACACUCUCAUAGCCAACUUUAACGGACCAUUUAGUAAAAAA